AUAUUUUUCUGUAACAUGGUUGAUAAAAUGAGUAGUACUUUCAGGAUUGUGUUUCCUUCUAUUCGAGUGUUUAGUGGACGAAUGCCAUGGAGCAGUGUUAAAUUUAAUAAUUGCCCACGGUCCCGUCCUACCUUGGAAGACCGGUGCGUUUAAGAAAAAAAAUAACAAUUCAAUAUAGAACCGUAUACGGUUCAUUGUGUCGAAUUACAAUAUCUGAUUGAGUUUAUGAAUAAUUUGCUGGACAGGACAUUUAAUAGAAAAUUGUAUUUCACGGACAUCUCCAAUUAUUGUUAUUUAUUAUUACAGUGUGUUUGGUAUCUCCCUCAUCAUUAACUGUCGGAUGGGAGACACCCUGCUAAAUGACGCUCUUAGUCUUGAGACACCGAAUGAAAGUCAUCAAAGACAUCAUCGAGUAGUUCGAACACCACCAGUCACCAACAGCCGAUGGUCAGGCUCCGAAGGCUCGACAUUGAUUACGAGUUGGAAGGAUAGACAGAUUACUUAAACGAGCCAUGUUUGAGUCCCUCAGGAAGAAUAUUCAAACUGUGCAAGAUGGGAUUACAGCCGGAUUUCAACGACUCUCAGUUGGUGAAAGGACUGCUAGCAGCCCCACAGAGUCCCAUGUCAACUUGGCAGCUGGGGCUGAUCUCUUGCAGAUGUACCAGACUCAGUGGGCCACCAUGCACCAUAUGGCAGAACAGAAUGCAAAACUUGCAAGCAGUAUUGAUAGUGCCAUAACAGCAUUAGCAGAUGAAUGUGAAAGCCAGCACAGCCAGAUGGCAGAAAUUCAUUCACUUCUGGCACAUUUACCAAACAUCAUGGCUCAGCUACAUUCCAUGUUGGCAACCAUAGGUUCAACACGGGGUCUUUUUGAAGAAGUUGAGGGUGGUUUGCUGGCUCUAGAAGAUCUGGAAGAAGAGCUUGCAUUGCAAGAGCAAACACUGGAUCUUCGAUUGAGUUUAGCACUUGCAAGAGAGAAGCAUACUCAUCGCCUGAAUUCUCUUAAUAGCGAGUUGAAAGUCCUGCAUGAGGCCAAAAUGUUAUCAGUAGAGAAGCACAAAGAGGUUGAACGACAAGAAAGACAAAAGGUUUUCUCAGAUCAGUUUACAGAAGACAUAAGAAACUUUAAAGAGCAUGGACAAGUUACUCGAAGAAUAUCAACGCCAGCUGAUGACAUUGAUUUGAAACUAGAAGACGUUGACUUAGAUCAGGAUACAAGUGAAUUGGACAGUUUCUUGAAUGAUCCUGCGUGAAGCUCUUUUAUUCAAGUGAAGUGCUGAAUAAAGCCAACCUUAUAUAUAUAUAUAUGGAUUCAUUCUACCAAGUUAAUACAGUAUUCUCUCAUUUUGAAUUUAUGAGAAAAAUUGUAAAUCAGUAUAUAGUUCUCUCUUUAUUAAAAAAAAUUCUAUUUUAAGAAUGAUCAAACUAUUUAAACUGAAGUGUGUGCAUUUUUUCAUAAUCUCUUCUGUUUUCAUGUGCCAUUGGAGUAAGCAAGUUGUGUUUGGUGUAAUAGCACAAAUUUUUCUGAGUACAGUACAUACUGUAUAAUGCUCUAGUAGUUUUUAGGUGAAUAUUUUUCUUAUAAAUAAUAAAGUUAAAGGAACCAGAGGGUUAUUAAUAUUUUGAUAAGUUAUUUAAAGAACCUUUCAUCAUGUAAGUUGAUUAAUUUGAAUUUAUAAAUGUAUUUAAAGUAAAAAAUUUCCUACCUCAGUUUUGUUUAAUACCAUUGUUGGAUAAUUUAUGAAUAAUGAUAUUGCCUGUUUUAUAAGGCUUUCUAUUGCUGCACCUUUGUACAGUUGACUUGCAAAUUAUGCAAAAUGAUCAUGUACUAUUAGGUGGCUAUAAGCAUUUAAAAUAAAUUUUCAUUAAAAUUUCCAGAAAGUACAAAGUGUUAAAUAGCCGAUAGUUGAAGAAUUUAAUACGUAAUACGUAGUAUAAUAAUGGGUACGUUGGUUUGUAUUGAUUUUAAUUAUUUAGUAACUGUUUACAAACAUUAGAUGAAAUUACGUAGCGUCAGAUGAAUAAAUAUAAUAUAGUAAUGGUAAAAAAUAAUAUACGAUUGUAGGAAAGCUUAGCAAUGAUAGUAGUCUCGGUACUUAUUUAAAAGGUUUAGUAAUGGUCAGACAACUAAGUAAUAGUGUAUUGGGCGAAAAGGAUGGAAAAGUUAGUGAUUGUUAAUGGGUGAAAAGUUUUAACAAUGGGUAAAUAGAAUAUUCUUGAUGAAAAGAUUUAGUAAAGAUGUAAAGAUUUAGUAAAGAUGUAAAGUUGAGGAAUUUGCAAGUAGCCACCAACCACUCACUACAUGUUAUAGUCCAUAGGGAUUAUAUCUGUAUGCAACAGACAUGCGUGUUUCAAGUCCACUGUAUUUUUAAAUUCUAACUUAGUAAUGUAUUGCAAGAUACAGAAAUGUGAAAUAGUUAAUUUACAUUCCAGUUAUUUUAUUUUCAUGUAGCAUUACCCAGAGAGUGGAUGGGUAAGUAAAUUAAAUGUAUUGUGAUCUCUAGGGCUAAGACAUGAAUCAGUCUCUUGAGUUACUCUGAGUUUUUGUUGUUUCAAAUUCUUUGGUUUUAAUGCCUUUGCCACAUUAUUUUAUUUGUACAGAUAUGUAAAAGGGUUACUCUUCUGGAAGUGUUAUUCUUUAAGGAAUCCACAUCAAUAAUUGAUUGGUAUUCAGCUUCUUGUAGAAUUGUUUUGUAUUAUUUUGUUUAAUUUAUCCAUUUUCACACUAGUCCAUGCACUGGUUAGCUAGUCAUUAUAUUUUUAACUAGUCAGUGCUCCUGAUUAUCCAUUUAGUAUUAGUAACAAUUGCUGUGAUUUGAAGUUUUCAGAAACAGGUUAGUCAAACUCUCACCCCACUGUAUUGUUACUUAAUCCAGGAAACAGUUCUCUAGGGAAACAAUUUCUUCUAAGAUAGAAUUAUUCUUUAGACUGUACGUUGUCAGAGGAGGCAUUUAAAUAAUCCUUAAUGAUUUACACAUCCUUAAUUUGCUUUGCUAUACAUGAUUUUUGAGAAAGCAUAAAAUUUUUUAAUGAGAGUUGACCAAGUAGUUUGUUCAUUACCUGAACUUGUGUGGACAGGAAAUUUAUUACUCAACAGCUAAUGGAGCUGUAUUGUUACAUUGUAGUUGGCGAGAAUAAAGUACUGUAAUUGUAUUUUGGUGUAGUCCAAUGCUGUUACUGCUGAUUGAGAAUGUUAACGUGAUCACAUUAUCAAAUGCUAGUCAUGAUGGCCAGUCAUUACCCAACUCUUAUUUUGAUAUUUUAAAAAUUUUAACAUUUUUCAUUUAAGCAGCCAUUCAUUUGCUGGCAUUUGAAGGUUAAUAUGAGCACAAAUUUGCAUUCACUUGUCUAUUUUUUGCAGAUCUUAUAAGUUUGGUUUAUUUAAUCACAUAACCAUAAUAUACUCUACAUAAUAAACUUGGUGAAUCUCAUUAAGAUGUAGUAACCAGCUUGAGAAGAGCCUUUGUUAGGCUCAGAUGUCUGGUUAAACUAAUAUUUUUCCUAUCCUGUGGCAGUAAUUUACAUCUUCAUUGAUAUCAGAUUUGAGAGGUAAUUAAAGUGAUAAAGGCACUGCUAAAUAAUUUAAAUAUCACUCUUAUAAAACUUUUGCUCUGUCAUCCUGAGUAUAAGAACACUGCUUGGUGAGGCAGCCAAUGUGCUUAUGUUUGGUAUUUAAUUUUGCAUGAUGUAAUUAGCUGUAAUGGUUGUACUGAUAAUUUGUAAACAUUUUUGCUGGAUACUGUAAAUUAAGUACAGAAGGAAAGGAGUAUGUAGUUACAAAUUUGGCAUUCAGGAAUUCAGCAGUCUUACUCGUUACUUUAGUUAAUCAGAUUGAGUACUUUUGGAAUGACUAAUAUUUUCUUUCAGAAUUCAUACUAUGAAUUUAAAAAAUCCUGUAUGACGAGCAGGGAAAAGGUUACAUUUUGUGAGAAAAGUGUAAUGUCAAAAGUAACCAGCUGGUGUCUUAUUUUAUCUGUACGGAGUUGUAGUGUAAGCUUUUUGUAAUUGGCAUACGUACUUUAUAAUUUUUAAAGUUCGAUCCCGUAUCCAUUGGCAUUUGCGUGUAUUA